CACUACGUCUAUUGUUUGUGGUAAGGACAUUUGACACAUACCUAUUUGACAAUUGACAUUACUACGAUUGAUUGAUCAAAGUAUUGUUUAACUUUACUGAAUCUGCGUAAUUUGCAAGGAAUUUUCCGCAUCUAAACGAAUAUCUCGCCUUCUUACAACUCGCUACCAAACCUUCCGUGGAGGCUACGCCCUGUUUUGCAUUUCAAAGUUUUAAUUUUCCGUUCAACAUAGGCCUAUCAGACACCGCCGUUAUGGAUAUGAUGGUAUCAACGUUGCAACAGCAGCGGGCUGUAACAGAACAAUUGAGACGAGAAGCUGCAAUAAAGCGCAUUCCCGUCUCUGUCGUGGUAUCUGACAUCGUCAAAUACAUUAAUGAGCACGAACAAGAGGAUUGCCUCCUUGUUGGCUUUUCCAGUCAAAAAGUUAACCCUUUCCGUGAGAAAAGUUCCUGCACUGUACUUUAAAAUGAUCUUUUACUUAUAAAGGAAUUUAUUAUAAUGGUCAAACUUUACUGUUAAGUGUAACACUUCAUAUUCCUAUGUAUUUAUCUUCUGUAGGGCUGUAUUAAUAAUAAUAUGUUUGGUUUUGUAUGCAAAUUGGUUACUUAUUAUUUAACUUGUACUGUCAAAAGGUAAAUAAAUAUAACUGUUUAAUUUC